AUGUCUUCUUCUAGUACUACUACUCUUCCAUUAUGCACCAACAAAUUCCUCUCUUCUUCCUUCACCACCAACAACUCAUCUUUCUUAUCAAAACCCUCUCAACUUUUCCUCCACGGAAGGCGUAAUCAAAGUUUCAAGGUUUCAUGCAACGCCAACAAUAAUGUUGGCGAGCAUGACAAAAACCUUGACGCUAUUGAUAGGCGAAAUGUUCUUUUAGGGUUAGGAGGUCUUUAUGGUGCUGCUAAUCUUGCACCAUUAGCCUCUGCUUCUCCUAUACCACCUCCUGAUCUAAAAUCUUGUGGUGUUGCCCAUGUAAAAGAAGGUGUUGAUGUGUCAUACAGUUGUUGCCCUCCUGUACCCGAUGAUAUCGAUAGCGUUCCGUACUACAAGUUCCCUCCUAUGACUAAACUCCGCAUCCGCCCCCCUGCUCAUGCGGCGGAUGAGGAGUAUGUAGCCAAGUAUCAAUUGGCUACGAGUCGAAUGAGGGAACUUGAUAAAGACUCUUUUGACCCUCUUGGGUUUAAACAACAAGCUAAUAUUCAUUGUGCUUAUUGUAACGGUGCUUAUAAAGUUGGUGGUAAAGAGUUGCAAGUUCAUUUCUCGUGGCUUUUCUUUCCGUUUCAUAGAUGGUACUUGUACUUCUACGAAAGAAUUUUGGGAUCACUUAUUAAUGAUCCAACUUUUGCUUUACCAUAUUGGAAUUGGGAUCAUCCAAAAGGUAUGCGUAUACCUCCCAUGUUUGAUCGUGAGGGGUCAUCUCUUUACGAUGAUAAACGUAACCAAAACCAUCGCAAUGGAACUAUUAUUGAUCUUGGUCAUUUUGGUAAGGAAGUUGACACACCUCAGCUCCAGAUAAUGACUAAUAAUUUAACACUAAUGUACCGUCAAAUGGUGACUAAUGCUCCUUGUCCGUCCCAAUUCUUCGGUGCUGCUUACCCUCUGGGGGCUGAACCAAGUCCGGGAAUGGGUACUAUUGAGAACAUCCCUCAUACUCCGGUUCACAUCUGGACCGGUGACAAACCUCGACAAAAAAACGGUGAAAACAUGGGUAAUUUCUAUUCAGCCGGUUUAGACCCGAUUUUUUACUGUCACCAUGCAAAUGUGGACCGGAUGUGGGAUGAAUGGAAAUUAAUUGGCGGGAAAAGAAGGGAUCUAUCAAAUAAAGAUUGGUUGAACUCAGAAUUCUUUUUCUACGAUGAAAAUCGCAACCCUUACCGUGUGAAAGUCCGUGAUUGUUUGGACAGUAAAAAAAUGGGAUUCAGUUACGCUCCAAUGCCAACUCCAUGGCGUAAUUUUAAACCAAUCAGAAAAACUACAACAGGAAAAGUGAAUACAGCGUCAAUUGCACCAGUCACCAAGGUGUUCCCACUGGCCAAGCUGGACCGUGCGAUUUCGUUCUCUAUCACCAGACCAGCUUCGUCAAGGACUACGCAGGAGAAAAAUGAGCAAGAGGAGAUACUGACAUUCAAAAAGAUAGCCUAUGAUGAUACUCAGUAUGUAAGGUUCGAUGUGUUCCUGAACGUUGACAAGACUGUGAAUGCGGAUGAGCUUGAUAAGGCGGAGUUUGCGGGGAGUUAUACUAGCUUGCCGCAUGUUCAUGGAAAUAAUACUAAUCAUGCUACGAGUGUUACUUUCACGCUGGCGAUAACAGAACUGUUGGAGGACAUUGGAUUGGAAGAUGAAGAUACUAUUGCGGUAACUUUGGUUCCAAAAGUUGGUGGUGAAGGUGUAUCCAUUGAAAGUGUGGAGAUCAAGCUUGAGGAUUGUUAAGUCCUCAUGAGUUGGUGGCUAUGGUACCGAAUUUUAUGUUUAAUUAGUAUUAAUGUGUGUGUUUGAUUAUGUUUCGGUUAAAAUGUAUCAGCUGAUUACUAGCCUUGCCAGUUGUUAAUGCUAUGUAUGAAAUAAAUAAAUAAAUGGUUGUC